AUGAACGUGUUGAUCGUUUUCGCGCAUCCAGAAAGACACUCUCUGAACGGAGCUCUGCUAGACGUUGCGGUGCGGGACCUGGAAGCGCAGGGCCACAAAGUGCAGGUAUCUGACCUCUAUCGCCUGCAAUGGAAGCCAGCUGUCGAUCGCAGCGAUUUCCCAGAUGUUGGGCAAGGUGAUCGGCUAAAAGUAGCAUCUGCGUCAGCAAGAGAUUUCACUGCUGGAAAUCUGACCGAAGACGUCAAGGCCGAGCAGGAAAAGCUCCUUUGGGCCGAUACCGUCAUUUUCCAGUUCCCGCUCUGGUGGUUCUCGAUGCCCGCGAUUCUCAAGGGCUGGAUUGACAGAGUGUAUGCGUGCGGGUUUGCUUACGGCGUGGGAGAGCAUAACGACAAACGGUGGGGCGACAGGUACGGCGAAGGCAAAAUGGCUGGGAAACGUGCUAUGCUCGUCGUAACGACAGGAGGGUGGCCAGAGCACUAUUCUGCUCGUGGAAUUAAUGGCCCCAUCGACGAUGUCCUAUUUCACAUCACGCACGGUAUGCUCUUCUACCCAGGCUUCGCCGUCUUACCAUCCUUCGUAGCCUAUCGUGUUGACCGCCUAAACGAAGCCCAGUUUGCAGAUGUGUCCGCACAGCUUUGUAGCCGGCUACGUGAGCUAGAGACAGCUUCGCCCAUCGCCUACCGGAACCAGAAUGGCGGAGACUACCAAAUUCCGUCGAUGGAACUACUUGAAGGCUUGGAAAAGUCCGGGGAAACUGGGUUUUCGCUGCACGUAGCAGCACCGUAA